GAGACACUCUGAAGAUUUCUGGUUCAAGGCAGGAGAGAGUUUCCCUGAUUUUCAAAGGUUUAGGUUGAAGGCCUGGAGAAAAAGUGGACUUUUUCUUUCUCAGACCAAAGGAUUUCUGCAGCCAUGACUUCAGCACUGUGUAGCUGCCUGACCAGCAUCCUGACCUACGAAACCUACAAGUCUGUGGUGGUGAGGAGCUGGCCUUUAGGGAUCGUUUAUCGACUGAUGCAGCUAAUCAUCAUCUCAUAUUUUGUUGGCUACGUCUUCCUCUAUGAAAGAGCUUACCAGGUGGCCGACACAGCCACCGAGUCCUCAGUCAUAACGAAAGUGAAAGGAUUUGGCAGACUUAACAACGCUGUGAUGGAUGUAGCUGAUUAUAUUUACCCUCCUCAGGGUGAAGGCGUGUUUAGCAUCAUUACGAAAAUCAUAAAAACGGACAACCAGUUCCAGGGAAGAUGUUCAGAGACUGAGAAAGAGUUUAAUUGCAGCACAAAUGCAGACUGUCUACAACAUCUUGGCUCUGUUCAAGCUGACGGUAUAAUUACAGGGGCAUGCAACACAUCUGCUGGUUACUGUGAGAUUGAAGGAUGGUGUCCAGCAGAGGAUGACAAAGUGGACAUCAAACCAAUGCCUGAGUUUGUGAACUUCACCAUUUACAUCAAAAACACAAUUCGUUUCCCCCGCUUCAACGUCAGCAGAGAAAAUUUUCCUUCAACAAAAUCUAUCAAGAAUUGCACCUAUGACAAGAACACAGAUCCUUUCUGUCCCAUCUUUCGAGUGGGGUAUAUUCUGGAUGAAACUCAGCAGAAUGUGACUCUGCUGGCAGACAAGGGUGGUGAAAUAGGAAUAAACAUAGAGUGGAGAUGUAACCUGGACCAUAAUGUUAACUCAUGUGUUCCUACGUACUCUUUCUCUAAACUGGAUGCUCCAUUUCAAAAUGCCAACCUCUCCAAAGGUUACAACUUUAGAUUUGCCAAAUACUACAAGACGGAGGAUGGAACUGAUUAUCGGUGUCUUCACAAAGCAUUUGCAGUUCGUUUUGAUGUUAUGGUGACUGGCAUUGCAAGAAAGUUCAGCUUAAUUCCAACAGUGAUCAAUGUGAUCACAGCUGUCACCUCAGUUGGGAUGGGUACGGUUCUCUGUGAUCUCAUCUUACUGCACUGUUCGAAAGGAGCACAGUACUAUAAAGAAAAGAAGUUUGAGGAGGUGUCAGAAGAACAGAUUCAUGAAUCCCUCACGCUAAAACCAGGAAGUCAGCUGUCAAUCAGACGAGGAAACAGUAGCUGCAAUGAUUCUGGAGCCGUGUCCCUCUCCACCAAUUGCUGAUGGCAGGAAUCUGAAGGAAACUGGACACACCUCACAGUUUUUCUCUCUUCUCUCUUGUAACACUUUCUUACCGUUUUCUUCAGCGGUCAGGAUUUUGUAGGUGGCUGUAGGUUUAUUAGGGCGGGUAAAACUGAUCAACAUUCCCUUCAACUUUAGUUAGUGACAAACCAAAAUAGUUUUUUGUAAUGUACAAUUUUGAAGUCUGAGAAGGAAAAUUGUAGAAGAUGUUUAAAAUUUUCUACACAUAGUAUAAAAAGCUGACAUGCUAAUGUUUUCAACCUCCCACGGGUUGCCAUGAGAACCAGCUCUUGCUGCAAUAACAGCUGCUCCUCAGUUAAAAGUACAGAAAAAAUGGAAGAUUUUAUUUGCAAAAUAACUAAAGCUCAGUCAGACUGGAUGGAGAAUAUGCUGGAUUAGCAAUCUUCAAUCCCUGCCACAGAUUCAUGUGUGGGCUUUGAUUAACCCUCUUGGCUGCCUGUCUUCAAGCAGAUUGUCAGUUUGGUUGAAUUAAGUGUCGUUCAUCAGUUUCUUAAGUCCUUUUAGGUGCAAUAAUGUGUCGCAUUUUGUGUGUCUGUUAAGAUUAUAUAAUAAAAAAAAAGAUUUUUUUGUUUGUCAUUUUUAGCUUAGAAGUUUAUAUGUUUUUUUUGCAAAACAACAAAAUGUCUGUGAUCUCAAAUAAAGACUUAAUGUAUCUUACUGUA